AGUUAACCAUUGGGAAUGGAACUCGCCGUGUGUAGAGCAAAUUGAAUCUGCCUAUUGCUGUUAAAAAAUCUCGUUAAUUUCGAUAAAAAUCUCUACUUGAUAUUGUAGUUUUCAUCAUUAAUUAACUGCGAGUAGUCGAUACUAUAAUAUGGUGCGUAAGCGUGUGGCGCAGUGUUCAAACGUGCUUCACCCUCGGAUUGUUUGUUUGUGUUCAGUGCCUUCCGUCGCGUCUCGGGUCCGUCAGUCGUCUUUGAGUAGUGUCAGUCGCAGUUGGUCGGCUCGGGCUCACCUUGGUCUAUCGUUCUCGUCUCGCAUUUUAUUUUCGGGUUUGUUAAUGGCAUAACAUAUUACGAGUGAUAUCAACAAAACAAUGCUAUCGUAUCGUAUCUCUGUCAAAUAAUCAAGCGUCGAUAAGAACAAUGUGAAAUCAAUGUUACAAUGAAUUUAUGUACUUUCGUAGUAAAAGGAAGACAGUAGACAGAAUCAGUGAGUGUUGGGUCGGGGAUAUUUUUGUAAAAAUGAGACAUGCAUUCAGUCGAAAUGCAAAAAAGUGUAUCAGUGCAAGUAGAUAGUGAUUUCGCUUUGUUGCUGCCGAGCGGUGUCUACGAAAUAAAAAAAAUGGAGCCAAGAUCGAAGUUACGAAAAGUGAUACUCUUCUGUUUACUACUGUCUCUGUUUGGAAUGGUUGCGUUUGGAUACUUCUGUCCCGAUCAAGUGUGCGCUCUGUCGCCGCGGGAUCGAGUGCCCGAGUCCUUGGCUCUCUCGUAUGCUGAAGCUCCCGGCCGGCCGCUCCCUGACGUCAUCGCUCAGCCGGGUCUCUCCUACGACGAAGUCCUCCACGACGACUUCCGAUUCGACCUGAACGCUCAUGAUGUCAUGGUCUUCUUGCACAUACAGAAAACUGGCGGCACCUCUUUUGGGAAGCACCUGGUCAUGGAUUUGGAUCUAAAGAGGCCAUGCAACUGUCAACGAGCGCGAAAACGGUGCCAUUGCUUUCGACCGCACAGCAACGAAAUAUGGCUGUUCUCGAGAUACUCCACCGGUUGGAAAUGCGGUCUGCAUGCGGACUUCACGGAGCUGACUGCGUGCGUGGGCGGAGAACUGGAUAGACACGAAGGUUCAGCCGUGCAUCGACGGUAUUUCUACAUAACGUUGCUGAGGGAACCUGUCUCCAGGUACUUGUCGGAGUACAGACAUGUGAAACGCGGUGCAACGUGGAAGGGUUCUCGACAUUGGUGCCAGGGAAGAACUGCUACAGCAACCGAAGUGCCAGCAUGUUACACCGGUGACUCCUGGCGUGGUGUCACCCUGGAGGAGUUCAUGUCCUGUCCUUGGAACCUGGCGAACAACCGGCAAACUCGCAUGUUAGCUGACUUGGCGCUCGUCGGCUGCUACAACGGGACCCUCAAGCAUCGGACCGCGGAGACUGACAGGGUACUCCUCGCGUCUGCUAAGAGGAACCUCGCUGCUAUGGCGUACUUUGGCCUCACGGAAUUUCAGAAGAUAUCCCAGUACGUGUUCGAAGAGACGUUCAACCUGCUGUUCGCGGUGCCGUUCACGCAACACAACGCCACUGUGUCGGGGUCCACCCUGGCCGCGCUCUCGCCCUCGCAAGUCGCGCACAUCAAGCGGCUCAACUCACUCGAUCUAGAGCUCUACGAGUUUGCCAAGAACCUCAUGUUCAAAAGAUUCGAAGCGCUGAAGAAACGCGAUACGGACUUCGAGUACCGGUGGCGGCACCUGGGCGAGGUGGCGCGCUCCGGAGUCACGGAGUUCGACUGGGACAGCAACCUGGAAGACGCCACCACCGAGAAGUACCGCGGCAAGUAAUGCGCCCGCCCCCCCACCACCCUAGUGCGUACACUAGUCAUAGAUAACCACUCAAUGAAUAAAUUAUUUUUAUUCAUCAGUCUCACUGAGACAUGUAAAUAUUAUUAGGAUGCGUUAAGUACAGUUCUCAGAGCGAUAGUGCGAUACCAAAUUGAUUUUGAUCGCGCUGUACAAAUGAGUUUUUUUUAUUUAAUUUUAUUACACGUCGUGCAUUUAUAAAGAUAUUCUAAAAUCUUAGAAGUUUAUUUUAUAUUUUUUUUAUUUUCUUUGGCAACGUUAUAUUUUUUUAUUUGUAGAUAAAAUGCGCUCUAAAUCCAUCCCUUGUAGUUAAUAAAUUACAUAAUUACAUACAAUAUAUUAUAAAUAUAUCUGUAGUGGAUAUGUAAUGUUGAUCUAUAUUGUUGAAUGAAUGUUGACGUUUGAUAGAUACAGGGUAGAUAAUGCAUCUAGGUUGAACCCAACGAAGUGUAGCCUUUAGUCAAUUGUAAUCGUUACUAUUAAAUACCCAGUGAAUAGCGUCAGAAGUUCCACUCCGAAGAAGUAUAAUCCGCGAUAUAAACGAACGACUCAUCAUGAACUAUCCAAACGAGUUCUCGAAAUGGAUUUCAAAUCUUGGCCGUUUAUUCUUCGUCGUAGAAGUUAUGAGAGGACCCGAGGUAAGCGGUCACAGCCGGGACGUGGUUCGAUGACGUCCGAAUUUAUUUCCCAACCAGAUUUUCUCAUUUAAAAAGAGAACAGGAUGCGGUCAAUUGCGAUUGUUUGUGAUUGAAUCGAAACGGGUGAUUGAUCGUGUGGACAAUGUGGGAGAUUCGAGAGACGGGAGCGACCGCGAUCACUAACGCGUAGCUUAUUUAUUGUCAUUACUUAUCAAUUGAGUUAUGAACGGUUCCUGUUGAAAAUGACAGGAUAUUAAGCUAUUGGUUGUUAUACAAAUCAGUUCCUAAUAAGGUUGUUUUCAUUCUGCCAUUCUAACUAUCCUUUUUGUCCGUAAAACUUGAAAAGGUAUCCGUGCAUCUCGGGGUCCUGACCUGACAUGAUGAUAAUCGAAUGAAUUGCUCAUCAUAUCUCAGAAUUGUAAUAUAAUUUGAAAUGAAUAGUUAUUUUCUGCUUUUGGCUAUCGAUCAAUCCUUAAUAGGUAUUCCCAGUCUGGAAUGUUCGGGCGGUAUCGAGAACUAAGUGUAAUAUUUACUUUUGCUUUCUAUUCGAUAUCGUUAACCCCAGCGGUCUCGACGCCCGGUGUGCGCGGUACAAAGGGAAUACGUCUAUUAAUACGUAAUGUACAGUCGAGUUCAAAAGACAAAGGUACGAAUAUUAUGCACCGCAUAUUACGUUCGCCAUUCUUGAGGGUUUUGGUAUUUCGAGUGCACUCAAUUUUGUAGUGCAUCUAUAUUUAGUCAAGUUACUGACUGUAGCUUAAAACGUAAUGAAAUGUAUCGCAAUUUGAAUCUAAGUGGGUUUAUUAAAGUCGGGUCUUUUUAAACUUCUUUUUUUUACUUACCUAUAUCGAUUGGAAAACAAUAAAAUUCUCAAUAAAAAUUUGACCAAAGAACAAAAAUGAGUGCUAUGUAUGUUUGUUCUCAUAUUGAGUUAAGUUUGAGGUUAAGUUUUAUUUUAAGAAACUCUGUAAUUUGACGGUAGUUUAAUAAAAAAAAUCGUAAAACAUUAAAUUGAUCAAAUAGGUAAAAGUACUAAACAAAAAAUAUUUUUUACGAUCAAUUUUUAGUUAAACUAAAGUCAUAUUAUUCGAGCCUAUUUACUCUUAAGUGAAUCGAGAAGUACUCUGUACCAUGCAGCUGUAAAUAAAACAAUGUGUUCGAUGUGUUGUUUAUUAUUAGUUAGAUUAAGCAAUAUUUUUUAUACAGCCAAUACGUGAAUACGUACAUUAUUAUAUUUAUUUUAGUUUCCUUAUUGUUUUAUUGCUAAAUAGUAAAAAGGUCUGAUUGUUAAGUUCGUCAGCUAUAUAUUUUGUAUCUCAGUCACGUUUGCACGGUAUUUUCUUUUAGAAAAAAACUGCAGACGUUAUCUAUGCCCCAUACCUCCUUGCUCAAUGGAUUUGUUUUUUUUUUAUUAAUGUUACUUUAGUGUUGUGAAACAUUGUCGGUUUUACGGUUAUUCAAAAAAUCGACUAAACAACACAAAGUGCUAGCACAAAUAAAAUGCUGUGUUCAAUUCGCAGUUGGCAACUGAAAAACAACUGAAAUAUAAAGCUUUUAUUUUGCACGAAGCCAACGUACCUAAUGUAUUGAAAUCGAAAUAUAGCAUUCAAACAGCAAUAGCGAAAGUAAACCUACAAACAAGUCUAUACCGACUGUUUGCAUUUAUUCUUAGGGCGAGUGCAUUUCGUAUUCCAUCCUGUGUACGCUAUUCUAGACUCUAAACCACUGUCAUAAAGCUUAAAAUUAAGAUGUCCUUGUUGAAGUGUAAGGGAAUUGUGUAUCAAAGCGAUUUUUGUUUUUAAAACUAUUGAAACGGUCGGUACCGAGUCACGACAGACUUUUCAAUUAUUUUUUGUAUAAACACUUGUUGUAAACUCCUAACUUGUCAGUUUGAACAAAAUUGUUUAACAGUUCAUUUGUUUUUUGUUAAUAUUCCAUAAUUGCUGCAUUUAAAGUACAAUUUUACGCUUUGAAACCAAGUUAUAUCACGAUCAAUGCAUUUGUCAUAUUUGUGUUUUAUUUUCUAAUUAUUAUUAUUUGUAAACUAAAAGCUUUUGAAAUGUAAAAUAUUAAAAGUAAUCGCAACUGAAAUAAAAAAUAUAAUUGUAUAAAAUAUUGUACCUAUCCCGUUUAAAAUGCUCCUAUACUACAAAUGGUGCGGAUUGUAUGUAGUCGUGUAUAUAAUUUGUAAUAUGUAAAUGUUCUGAAGCCGAGUGACAAUUAGGCGCAGAGUGUGGAUGCCCCACUCCAGCGAUUGAUACGUCGGCUCUUGACAAUAACGUUUAUAGGUCACUUCAAUUUAGUCCUUUAUACUGAAUUGUAUGCAAGCCAGUGUAUGGACCUGUUUCUUUAUACGUAGAUAAAAAGACAUUUUACGAAUUACUUUAUAGCCGUACGUCCGGUCACAACGGAUCUGUCCAAAUGAUAUCCGGAUCCAAGCGAAAAUAAGAUACAGCUCGGAUUACAUCUCGACAGAUUCUACUGUUGCCGACUGUACUUUUAUUUAACUCAAUAAUUUGAGAGCUGUCUCAAUAUCGAUGUUACUCUCAUAAUUAGUUUAUCGAAUUAGUAAUAAGUCUCGAUAAAUGUAUGUAUAUUUUUCUGUGUGUAAAAUAACGCUAAGCCCUGUGAUAUAAAAAAGAUUGCACCCAAUGUUUUGCAGUAAUAUCCUUUUUUGAAAUUCAUGAAAAGCAUUUUACUUUGGAAGUUGCCUUGAUAUUUUAUGCUUGACGAGUGUAUAUAGUAAAUUCAUAGGAAGUAUCAUUGGUCUAAGUGACGUGGAUGACUUAUAAACGAUGGGUGCAUAAGCCAUAAGGUAAGUUAGCCAUAUAGAGCACGUAAACUUAUUGUGGUGACAUGAUAAUAACCUAGAUACCUAAUAGUAUGUAUCGUAUGUACCUAUAGCACACCACCGGUACAGUUCGCGUUGUCUAGUACCAAAUUAUUUAGCGUUUAGUUAUGUUUUUAAGUUCCCGACUGAACCAAAAUAUAGUACUUUAUAUUGUGUUAACGAUCACCGAGUAAUAAAAACAAGCGAAACUA